UUACAGUGCUCGGAAGAUGAUCUAAAAGAAGUUUUUUCCAAGUUUGGAACAGUCCGUGAGAACAAAAUUGCCCUCAAACCUGAUGGGAAGAUGCGAGGAUUUGCAUUUGUCCAAUUUAAAAAUGUGUCUGAGGCAGCAAAAGCACUAACUGCCAUGAAUCUGAAGGAAAUAAAAGGUCGGCAGGUAGCAAUUGACUGGGCUGUGCCUAAGGACAAGUUUAUCGCCACACAGUCUUCCGCAAGUGCAGGAGCUAAAGUUACUGAGGCAACAGCGAAACCGUCAGCCUCAAAGAGUGACAGUGAAGACGAGGAAGAAGAAAAGCCGCAAGCAGCUCCUGCAAAGAAAAAAGUCACUACCAAACCUGAAGUGGAGGAGUCCCAAUCGGGAGAUGAAGAUGAUAGUGAGGAACAAGACAGUGAGGAGGAGGAGGAGGAGGAGGCGGCAGACGAUGAGAAAGAAGAUGAUGAUGUGUCCCAGGAGGGAGACGACGAUGACGACGAGGAUAAGAGUAACCUUGAUUCAGAGGAAGAUCAAGAUGAGAGUGAGGGUGAUGAGGAUGACGAAGAUGAUGAAGAUGAAGAAUCAGCCAAAAAGAAGAAAGUCAAGAAGCUUCUCCCUUCAGACGUACCAGAAGGCAAAACAAUAUUCCUCAGGAACCUGUCCUUUGACACAGAGGAAGAGGAUCUGGAGGAAAUACUCUUAAAGUAUGGAGAGCUUAAUUACAUAAAGGUUGUUCUCCACCCAGACACAGGACAUUCAAAAGGUUGUGCAUUUGCUCAGUUUAAGAAUAAAGAGGCUGCAGACAAAUGUCUGGCUGCAUCACAGGAUGAGGCUGAGAGCGCUGGUAUCCGUUUGGAUGGCAGAAAGCUGAUGAUUGUGGCAGCAGUGACCAGAGAGGAUGCUUCCAAGCUGAAAGUGGACAAAGUGAAAGUAGAAACAGGCACCAGGAACCUCUACCUGGCCAGAGAGGGCU